UACACAACAACAUCCUGAAGUAUCACAGGUGAUGUCAAAAUAUAGAAUAUCCGUGUCAAUAAUAAGGAUAUACAGCAACAUUUGUAACUUUGUCCUCCAGCAGAAAUCCUUUUAGCAGUUUAAAAUGCAGAAAACAACAGUGUUAGAAGUGAACGGCAUGACCUGCCAGUCGUGUGUGAGGAGCAUUGAGAAGGAGUUAGGACAGGGGAUUGGUGUCUACAGCAUCCAGGUGAUAUUGGAGAACAAGGAGGCCACCAUUAAAUACAGUCCAACAGAGACCUCCCCUCCAAUCCUGGCCGAAACCAUACAGAACAUGGGCUUCCCUUCAAAGGUCAAGUCAGUGCAUCCUGCCAGCACUGACCAAAGCAACAAGGAAAGUGAGGUUGCUCUGAUCAACAUCAAAGGGAUGACCUGCAUGUCAUGUGUGAGGAACAUUGAAGGUCGUGUGAAGGACAUUGAUGGCGUUGAAUCAGUAUCAGUGUACUUGGACAAGAACCAGGGUAAGGUGUGUUUUAACCCAGCGGUUAUAUCUGGGGAAAAGAUUGCAGCCAUCAUCGACGAUAUGGGGUUUGAGGCAUGCUUGGAUACUGCCGGUGACUUGGUUGCUAGGAUACAAGUAGAAGGUAUGACCUGCCAGUCAUGUGUGAAGAACAUCGAAACAAACAUCUCCAAACAGGCCGGGGCCAAAGACAUCAAAGUUUCAUUGGCGGACAAAGAAGCCUUCAUUAUUUACGAUCCCAAGGUGACCAACCCUCUAACUCUGGCAAACCACAUAGAGAACAUGGGAUUUGAGGCCUCGCUACCAAGAAGGAAGGAAUCUUCAUUAGAGGCAGAGUUUGACAUGCUUGCUAACCGUGGAAGAUCUGGAGGACCAGACAGGUGUAGCAUCUCAAUCAAAGGAAUGACCUGUAAUUCGUGUGUCAAAAGUAUUGAAAGUAACAUCUCCGAUAAACUGGGCAUAGUGAGUAUUACAGUGUUACUGGAUAGAGAGAUGGGCCUCGUAGAGUUUGACCCAGGUGUAACCAAUUCCGACAAGGUAGCUGACAUGAUCGAUGAUAUGGGUUUUGAGGCAAAGGCAUUGAAAGGGGAGGACGGAACAACAGAUGUGUGGCUGGGGACCAACACUGCCUCGACCACGCUCAACAUUCGCGGGAUGACAUGUAACUCAUGUGUAAAAACGAUCGAGGAUACCCUGGGUAAGAACUCUGGUGUGAAGAUGAUAAAGGUAUCACUGGCUGAGCAGACAGGAGAGGUAGAGUACUACCCAAACAGGAUCACCCCCCAGAUGUUAUGUGAUGUUAUUGAGGACAUGGGCUUUGAUGCCUUUCUGCCAGGGAGUUCCCGGGACCCCAGUCAGAUACCGGAGGUGACGGUGACAAAGUCUGCUGCAUCAGAAGGCCACAAGGAUUUACAGGAGUGUGUGACGGUGGGCAGGAGUUCCGUCCACUACAGGCGCGGUCAGACAGAGGAAGACGGAGAGUAUGAUAAAUGCUUCCUUCGUGUGACGGGCAUGACCUGUGCCUCCUGUGUCAACAGCAUAGAGAAAAACUUGGGCAAAAUGGAAGGCAUUAAGUUGGUGUUGGUAGCCUUGAUGGCCCAGAAGGCGGAGGUGAAGUACGAUCCGGCCUACAUUCUUCCGUCACAAAUCGCAAACGCCAUCAGUAACCUUGGCUUCCAUGCCACUGUGCUGGAGAAUGAGAUGCCAGGACAGGGUAUUGUUGAACUGCUGAUAAAUGGGAUGACCUGUUCCUCAUGUGUUCACCUCAUUGAGUCCUCAUUAAUGAAGAAACCAGGACUGAUCACAGCCUCUGUAGCUUUAGCCACAUGUAAAGGCAGGUUUGAGUACGACCCUGAAGUGACUGGAGCCAGACAGAUCAUUGAUAUUAUUCGAGAGCUGGGCUUCGAGGCAGACUUGUACACGGAUGACGAUAAAAGUGCUUCCAGAUAUGAUCAUAGACAUGAGAUCAAGAGAUGGCGGACAUCAUUUUUCUGGUCCCUGAUAUUUGGGGUGCCAUCAAUGGUGAUAAUGAUGUACUUCAUGUUUGCCAAGCCAACCCCAGACGUACACAGUGACAUGGGAAACCUGACAGACAACAUGACGACUACACCCCUUCCUCAACACUCUAUGGAGGACAACCACAUCAUGCUGACUGCCGGUCUGUCACUUGACAACCUACUUAUGUUUAUACUGGCCACCCCUGUCCAGUUCUUUGGUGGAAGGAUAUUUUAUAUACAGGCGUUUAAGGCACUCAAGCACGGAGCAGCCAACAUGGACGUGCUGGUUGUCCUGGCGACCACCAUAUCCUACCUGUACUCCAUCUCGGUGGUUGUUGCAGCAAUGAUUUUGCAGGAGGAAGUGUCACCUAUGACGUUUUUUGAGACUACACCGAUGUUGAUGGUGUUUAUCUCUCUAGGAAGAUGGCUGGAGCAUGUAGCCAAGGGUAAGACAUCGGAGGCCUUAGCCAAGCUGAUGUCACUCCAGGCGGUGGAAGCUUGUCUGGUGGAAGUGGACAAAGAGGGAAACCUGUUCAACGAGAAGACAAUAAGUGUGGACCUGGUACAGAGAGGGGACAUCCUCAAGGUACUACCAGGAGAGAAGAUUCCUGUAGAUGGUAAGGUGUUGGAGGGAAGUUCUACCUGUGACGAGUCACUCAUCACGGGCGAGUCAAUGCCCGUCAUCAAAACAGCAGGAUCGUCCGUAAUCGGUGGGGCUAUCAAUCAGAAUGGAAUGCUACUGGUCACGGCAACACAUGUGGGGUCGGACACCACACUUUCCCAGAUCGUCAGACUCGUGGAGGAAGCACAGACCUCGAAGGCGCCGAUACAACAGUUAGCAGACACCAUUGCAGGCUACUUCGUUCCUGUCGUGUGUUCAUUGUCCAUCCUCACCCUCAUCAGCUGGGUCAUUGUUGGUUACACCAACAUCUACCUGGUAGAUCCAUACUUUGAGGAGAACGGCCCAGUGUCAGUCAAUGAAGCCGUGUUCCAGAAGGCAUUUCAGUACGCCAUCACAGUACUGAGUAUCGCGUGUCCUUGUGCCCUUGGACUUGCCACACCCACAGCUGUCAUGGUGGGUACUGGGGUCGGAGCGACAAACGGUAUCCUCAUCAAGGGUGGAGAACCCCUGGAAAUGGCCCAUAAGAUUAAGUGUGUGGUAUUCGACAAGACCGGGACUGUCACCCACGGAGUGGCCCGAGUGGCCCGCGUUUCUAUGUUUGUUGGGGAGGAAGUGUGCUCCUUCCUGAAGAUGCUGGUGAUCACAGGAACGGCGGAGGCCAGCAGUGAACAUCCUAUCGCUUCUGCCAUUGUCAAGUACACGAAGGAGACCAUGUCGGUGGAGUCCCUGGGUAAGACUACUGAUUUCCAGGCUGUCCCUGGCUGCGGACUGAAGUGUCUUGUGAGUCACGUGGAAAGCCUGCUAACACAUGUCGACCUUGUUGCUGUAAAUAACAAGAAAAACCAGACAGGAAGUUUGAGGGUGAAGACAGACAACGUCAUGUUUAAGGGGGACGACAAUAACUCAAUACAUAUAGAAGACGUGGAGGUGGAGUCGUUGGGAGCUGCGGCCUCCAGACAGUACAACGUGCUGAUUGGUAACCGGGAAUGGAUGAACAGGAACGGACUUCAGGUGACGCCAGCGAUGGACCUGACAAUGUCAGAGCACGAGGAGAAGGGUCACACAGCAGUGUUAUGUGCCAUUGACGGCGUACUUGUUUCCAUGGUAGCUGUGGCCGAUACCGUAAAAAGUGAGGCUCACCUUGCUGUCAACACACUUAAACGAAUGGGACUACAGGUGUUCUUACUGACUGGGGAUAACCAGAAAACAGCCAAAGCCAUCGCUAAACAGGUGGGUAUACAUAAGGUGUUUGCAGAGGUACUGCCUUCCCACAAGGUCAAGAAGAUCAAACAGCUACAGGCCCAGGGUCAUAAGGUAGCAAUGGUCGGGGACGGUGUCAAUGACUCACCUGCCCUCGCUCAGGCGGAUGUUGGCAUCGCCAUAGGAACUGGUACGGAUGUUGCGGUGGAAGCUGCUGACAUAGUUCUGAUUCAGAAUGAUUUAAUGGAUGUGACAGCUGCCAUAAAACUAUCCAAGAUGACCGUGCGUAGAAUUCGCAUCAACUUUGUUGCUGCCUCUAUCUACAACAUUAUAGGGAUUCCCAUUGCAGCAGGUAUCUUCAUGCCCGUCGGCGUGUCUCUGAAACCCUGGAUGGCGUCGGCGGCUAUGGCCAUGUCAUCUGUAUCUGUUGUCAUGUCAUCACUGUUCAUCAAAACAUUCAAAAAAGCUAGUAGACAGAAGUAUUUGACAGACAACUACAUUAAACAGUUUGAGGAGGACCAAGACAUGGACAACAUCUCGAUCCACCGCGGAAUUGAGGAGGGGCGCUCCAGUCGAGAGGGUAGCAAGCAAGGCAGCAUCCUGUCUCGUCUCAGCGGAAAGAAAAAGCCAGUUACAACCGACCAUCUUAGCCUUCUGGAUACAGCUUCACUGUCAGAGUCUGAUGGAGAGGUGGAAUUCAUAUAACUGAUGGAAACUGUAACAAACAGGAUCUAGCCAAAUGGUUGUUACUGGUAAAACAGUAUAUAAUGUAUCACAAACACACCAGACUCUUUAUGUUCUCAUUGAUAUUAGGGUUUUUUGAUAUUUGGUUUUCAUUUAAGAUUUUGAAUGUGAUAUUUGACUGCAGAGCAAGGUUUAGAUUUGUCGGUAGAUGCAACAUUUCCACAUGAUAUUUACGACUGACCUAGGUUUGUGUCUUCAAGUUAAUGGUGACCAGCUGAUAGUAAUAACAUCGGGUCAACAUUCUGUUUAUUAAUUUGAAAUAACUGCAAUGUUUCAUGCAACAAUUCUUUUUUCAAUACAGUUUACAUACAUCAGCACAGAUUUUAUACAAUAUUAUGUAGCACGCUUUGUUGAAUUAUUUAACCUGGAUAUCACUGAAUUUUAUUUUGUCAAUAUAUUUUGUAACUUUCAUGUUAUAUCAAAACCUGUUUACAAUUGAUACGCAUAUAAUAUAUUCAGAACAGUUUUGUUUUUGAGAGUUUUCCAUGUAUAAUUAUAACACUUGAUAAAUUAGUUUUGAUGUUGGGUCCACGUUGGCCGAGAGGUUAAGUCGUCUGACCUUCAUGAUCGCUAUAGCCUUCCACUACGGGGUUGUGGGUUCCAGACGAAGUUGGGACAGUCGCCAAGUACUGACUGCAGGUCAGUGGUUUUUCUCUGGUAAUUCCGGCUUUCCUCCACCACCAAAACCUGGCACGUCCUUAAAUGACCCUAGCUGUUAACAGUACCAGUAUGUUAACACAAACAAACCAAAAAUUAAUGUGGAGUUCUACAGAAUUCUAAAAAAAAAAAAAAUUAUAAGUGACCUCUAUUUUUGUGAUCUUUUUGGUGUUUGCCCAACUCUUAAUGAUAACAUUUCUCUAUCCCUACCUAACUUACAGACAGGUCUUUUAGAAUUCUUUUCAACAAUUUUACUAUGAAGAGGACAACACAUUGAUACAGUAUAAAAAGACAAAAGCCAGAAAGCAACCUUUAUCAUUGGGUUUUCUCUAAUUUAUACAAUGAUAUUUAGCUCACCUGCACAAAACUACACGUUAGCUUGUUGUAUGGUGUGUCAGCCAUCGUCGGCCAUCAAGGUUUUUUUUGAACAGUUUUUAAUUGAAAACUUAACCUACCCAGGUUCGUGAUAUUUGGUUUAUAGGUACCUGGGUUCGUGAUAUUUGGUUUAUAGGUACCCAGGUUCGUGAUAUUUGGUUUAUAGGUACCUGGGUUGGGAUGCUUUAAAGUGUCUUCAAAUAAAUGACAAUAAUUCUAUUUCAAAAGAAGUGAAUUCUUGUAUUGAGGUGAAAGGCCGUCUUUGAGAGCAAGUGGGGAUCAAAUUUCAACAUGUGUUACUAAGGGUAAAACAAUUUGAUAUACUUCUCAGAUUCAAGACUGCCUAUAUGUUUAUGAUAUUUGACCUCAGGUAAAGAACUAUAAAGGUUUCUUAAAUAAAUGACCUUGACAUGUUUCCAAUGUAACUGGGGUCAAGUAUGUUGAAAAUUUCAACUUUUUCUUUAAGUCUAGAAGUUGCAGAUGUAUUUGACAUUUUGCUGUCGACAGCUGUUAGGAUAAUAUAGCAACUAGUUAGUAUACAUAAACAAAACACUUAGUUUACACAUAAUAUAGGACCAGGUGGGAACUGUAUGCCAUCUUGUUAUAAAGGACCAGGUGGGCACUGUAGGCCAUCUUGUUAUAAAGGACCAGGUGGGCCCUGUAGGCCAUCUUGUUAUAAAGGAUCAGAUGGGAACUGUAGGACAACUUGUUAUAAAGGACCAGGUGGGCCCUGUAGGACAACUUGUUAUAAAGGACCAGGUGGGCCCUGUAGGACAACUUGUUAUAAAGGAUCAGAUGGGAACUGUAGGACAACUUGUUAUAAAGGACCAGGUGGGCCCUGUAGGCCAUCUUGUUAUAAAGGACCAGGUGGGAACUGUAGGACAACUUGUUAUAAAGGACCAGGUGGGCACUGUAGGCCAACUUGUUAUAAAGGACCAGGUGGGCCCUGUAGGACAACUUGUUAUAAAGGACCAGGUGGGCACUGUAGGCCAACUUGUUAUUAAAGGACCAGGCCGGCACUGUAGGCCAAUUUGUUAUAAAGGAUCAGGCUGGAACUGUAGGACAUCUUGUUAUAAAGGAUCAGAUGGGAACUGUAGGACAACUUGUUAUAAAGGACCAGGUGGGCCCUGUAGGCCAUCUUGUUAUAAAGGACCAGGUGGGAACUGUAGGACAACUUGUUAUAAAGGACCAGGUGGGCACUGUAGGCCAACUUGUUAUUAAAGGACCAGGCCGGCACUGUAGGCCAAUUUGUUAUAAAGGAUCAGGCUGGAACUGUAGGACAACUUGUUAUAAAGGACCAGGUGGGCACUGUAGGCCAACUUGUUAUUAAAGGACCAGGCCGGCACUGUAGGCCAAUUUGUUAUAAAGGAUCAGGCUGGAACUGUAGGACAACUUGUUAUAAAGGACCAGGUGGGCACUGUAGGCCAACUUGUUAUUAAAGGACCAGGCCGGCACUGUAGGCCAAUUUGUUAUAAAGGAUCAGGCUGGAACUGUAGGCCAUCUUGUUAUAAAGGAUCAGAUGGGAACUGUAGGACAACUUGUUAUAAAGGACCAGGUGGGAACUGUAGGACAACUUGUUAUAAAGGACCAGGUGGGCCCUGUAGGACAACUUGUUAUAAAGGACCAGGUGGGCCCUGUAGGACAACUUGUUAUAAAGGAUCAGGUGGGCACUGUAAGCCAUCUUGUUAUAAAGGACCAGGUGGGAACUGUAGGACAACUUGUUAUAAAGGACCAGGUGGGAACUGUAGGACAACUUGUUAUAAAGGACCAGGUGGGCACUGUAGGCCAACUUGUUAUAAAGGACCAGGUGGGCACUGUAGGCCAACUUGUUAUUAAAGGACCAGGCCGGCACUGUAGGCCAAUUUGUUAUAAAGGAUCAGGCUGGAACUGUAGGCCAUCUUGUUAUAAAGGAUCAGAUGGGAACUGUAGGACAACUUGUUAUAAAGGACCAGGUGGGAACUGUAGGACAACUUGUUAUAAAGGACCAGGUGGGCCCUGUAGGCCAACUUGUUAUUAAAGGACCAGGCCGGCACUGUAGGCCAAUUUGUUAUAAAGGAUCAGGCUGGAACUGUAGGACAACUUGUUAUAAAGGAUCAGAUGGGAACUGUAGGACAACUUGUUAUAAAGGACCAGGUGGGAACUGUAGGACAACUUGUUAUAAAGGACCAGGUGGGCACUGUAGGCCAACUUGUUAUUAAAGGACCAGGCCGGCACUGUAGGCCAAUUUGUUAUAAAGGAUCAGGCUGGAACUGUAGGACAACUUGUUAUAAAGGACCAGGUGGGCACUGAAGGCCAUCUUGUUUUAAAGGACCAGGUGGGCCCUGUAGGCCAUCUUGUUAUAAAGGACCAGAUGGGCCCUGAAGGCCAAUUUGUUAUAAAGGACCAGUUGGGCACUGUAGGCCAUCUUGUUAUAUGGAACUUGAGUGUAUCAACAGGAUUUGUAAAUAGGUUUAAACAGACAGGUUUCAAGUUUUGACAAUGAAUUAGUUAACAUCAUAAUUAAUUUCAUGCUUUAAUAAUCAUUUCAUCAUGUUUUUCAAUAUUUUGGUGGAAAAUUAAAUGUAUUUUGGGGUUUAUUUGUAAUGAUGGAUACAUAUUUUUUUGCCUCCACUUUUCAUGCAAAACAGGUCGGCAUGACAGUAUCCUACCAUUAUAGCCAUUCACUGUAUAGAUAUAGAAUUUUUCAGUUAUAUGAAUGCUAUAGGAAAUAUUUAUCGAGAAAGCCUGGAAUCUAUUGUGGCAAGAAGAAAAAUGAUGUUUUUGUCCAAAAUAUUAAUUACUUGCAUUGUAGUCUGAAUUUCCUGUGACCCUAGAUUUCACGCAGAGUGAAGCAGUUGACAUGGUUGAAACUAUGUUCACUGUUGUUUACAUAGUGAAACCUGCCGUUAGUGACCACACUCAGGAAGUUGAAAAAAAAUGGUCUCUUAACACAGGGGUCUCUUAACACAGGUAAUAACACGAGCAGGUGUGACUGCGUAUGUUUUGUAAGUGUGUCAUUCUACAAAUAUUAUAAACUUUUUACACAGAGACAAACAGACUAAGGGGAACACAUGAUGGUUUAGCUUAGAAAGGUUUUGUAGUUUAUCGUAUAAUAAUAAGUUCAAGUUGUAGGAUUGGACUACAUGGAAAGGAUGACUGAUCUGGUUAUAUAGAGGUAUAGUGAUCCCUUCACAACAAUAUAUUGUUCAAUAGUUAUGGUAAUUGCACUGGAGGUAUGUAAUACGGCUGAGGGGAGAAUCAUGUGAUAGUUUGUGUUUUUUAUCGCGAGAGAUAUACCACAUUUGAGGCCUGUUAAUCCAGUGCCCUUUACAGCCAGUGUUUUGGGGAACAUGAAGCUCUUUUCUAUUAAAUGUUGAUCUUGUUACCCAGCCCUCUCACUUGUUUGGAACAAAGUUGUGACUAGUGAUAGGUUAACAGGGUGUCACUGUGUACAGGGUGUUACUGUGUUAAAAUGUUGGAGAUUUGUCAUAUUUUAGAAACCAUAUAAAAUGCAAUAAAGAAUACUUGAAAUUGA